AACCAGGCAACCUCAGACAGGGUGAGGAGAGAAGAGGGGCAGAGGACCGGGGAGUUAGAGCAAGAAGCGCCGAAGAGAAGCCUGACAUAGUUAUGUGAGGAAAUGUUGAAAAAGAUGUGAGGGAGCUUUGGAGCACUCUAACCGGGAUGGGAGACGGGAUUACUGUCCCUGCUGAAACACACUGUGGAUGUCUGAGGAACGCAGCAGCAGAUUAACGCGGGGAUGACUGGAUUCUGAAAGCAUUUUCCUCGAAAUGGGAACUAACUGUGCUCAGUUUCACUGCAGUGCAAAGAUCUCCGUGGGUGUGUGCGGGAUGUUGUGUCAGGGCUAAAACCCAUCCCUCUCCCAUGAGCCUGUGUGCCCACGCACACACACACGGCGCCUUGACGCACGCACUCGGCGCCUACGCACCCACAGCCGGCACUGACGCUGUGAACUGGACCCUCGGAGCCCGGCAGAGCCCAGUCUAGCCCACUUGGAGCCUGAGGAUGUCAACAGAGACGGAGCUUCAGCCAGCGGUCAGGCCCAGCAGCGUUAGACGGGACUCCAAGAGGAAAGGGCAGGAUCGCAGCGAGGCAGCUCUCAUCAGGCGUUUUAAGGGCGAUGGCGUCCGCUACAAGGCCAAACUCAUCGGCCUGGACGAGGUCACUGCCGCCCGUGGAGACAAGCUCUGCCAGGACUCAAUGAUGAAGCUCAAGGGGACAGCUGCUGCAGCACGGUCUAAAGGAGAACACAAGCAGAAGGUGUUUCUGACUGUUUCCUUUGGAGGGAUCAAGAUCUUUGAUGAGAAGACGGGGAUCCUCCAACACCACCAUGCUGUCCAUGAGAUCUCCUACAUCGCCAAGGACAUCACGGACCAUAGAGCCUUCGGUUAUGUCUGUGGGAAGGAGGGAAACCACCGCUUUGUGGCGAUCAAGACUGCCCAGUCGGCUGAGCCUGUGAUUCUGGACCUGCGGGACCUGUUCCAGCUCAUUUAUGAUAUAAAGCAGAGAGAGGAGAAGGAGAAGAAGGCCCAGAAAGACAAGCAGUGUGAGCAGGCGGUCUACCAGACGAUACUGGAGGAGGACCUGGAAGACCCGGUCUACCAGUACAUUGUGUUUGAGGCCGGACACGAACCCAUCCGUGACCAAUCAGAGGAAAGCAUUUAUCAGGUUCCCACCAGUCAGCAGAAGGAAGGGGUCUAUGACGUCCCAAAGCGACACCCAGUGAGUGACCGAGCUCUUUCCAGUUCACCAGAUCAUCCACAGCAGAAGCAGCAGGAAGCUGCAGAUCUGAUAGACUUAGAUCUGGAUAAGGUGACUCAGAACAUCAGCCAGUUAGAGAUUUUUGGAGACAUGUCUACGCCGCCUGACAUAACCUCCCCAUCCACCCCAGCAUCCCCCGCCAACACCCUCGACCCCUUGCAGGGCCUGCAGCCCCCCACGGAACUGUUCGCUCCCUUCAAUCCUGCGUCAGUGCCAUCAGGUUAUGUGACGAUGGGAGCAGUUCCUCCAGGUCACUGGUCCCAGCAGGCGUUCGCUGCCCAGACGCCGCUAGCCUUCGGGGUCCAGUCUCCUCUGGGGCCGGUAGCUCAGGUCCUACCGGGUGGACAGCCUCUGAUCUGGGGCCAAGCCAACAUCUUCCCUGCAACCCAGCAGCAGUGGGCCGCCAUGGCAGCUGGAGCCUUCUCCCCCACAGCCUACCUCCCAGCCCAACCUGUGGGCACUCUGCCUGCUGCCAUGUUCCAGACCCUCACCCCUGUCACCACCGUGACUCCAGCCAGCGAGGGCCAUUCAGGGGGGGGUGCCAGCGCUUCUACUCCGUCCCCGUCGGCUUCAUCCAGUCCGCAGCAUAGAGAAGUGGCAAAGAAGAUGGGAAAGGAGAUGUUUAAGGAUUUCCAGCUGGCGAAGCCUCCAGCCAUGCCUUCUAAGAAGGGCGACCAGCCCAGUUUAGCAGGAACCACAGAGGCGUUCAGCUCCUAUUUCAGCCGGGUGGGCACCGCCCAGGACACGGAUGACUGUGACGACUUUGACAUUUCCCAAAUGAAUCUGACGCCGGUCACGUCCACAACGCCGUCCACCAACUCUCCUCCCACACCGGCACCAAGGCAGAGCUCACCGUCCAAGUCCUCAGCUUCUCAUGUCAGUGACCCCACGACGGAUGCCACAGACCCCCCUACAGACGACUCGUUCGGUGAGGCGGAGGGCAGUCCCAGUCGCAGCGGAGAGGAGGAUGCCGCGUGUGGCUCUGGGUCACCCUGUCCCAGUGAGACAGCAGAGCCUAGCCCAGAACAGGCCGGUCCAGAGGCUGGGAGCUAGAUAGCAGCAGGGCAGGAAGGGGAAGGAUCCUCUCUACGCCCAGAUAAACAAGGGGAAGAAAUAAAGAGAUACCCAGGAAGACAGACCUGACCAGCACUGAGCGAACAGGAGGAGAACCCUUUACCUCUGAGCGAGCGAGCGAGCGUGCGUGCGUGUGUGUUUUGGAGUGAGCGUGCAUGUCUGGCACAUCCCUGCCUGGCCAAGUCCUUCAUCUUCUCUUCCUGCUAACAACCUCCCAGGAGGAGCUUCAACACUCCCACCGUCCUCCUCCUCCACCUCUCUGCAGUCUUUCCUCCUCCUAAGAGGAGAGAGAGCCCUCUCAGUCAUCCUCCACAGGCAGGAGGGACAUCCAUCACCCAGACAGGUCCAGCUCUUCUCUGCUCCCCUCCCUCCAGCGAUUCACACCCAGCCUUACGGACAUGAGCCACUCCUCUCCCUCCCUCCCUCCUUCCUCCCUCCCUCCUUCCCUCGCUCCCACACCCUUUCCUCUGCCUGUCGUGUCUGGCCAGAGACUCUGCUGCCUGGAUGAGACUGAGUCAAGCAGUGCCUCCCCGUUUGUGAAACACACGCACACACACAUGCACGUGUGGUUUUUAACGGAGAGAACCUGCAUACGCAUAGCGAGGCAAUCCCUCGGGAGGUGCCCAGACUCUUUCAGGGAUAGCCCGUUACUGGGGAUCACUGCUUCUGAUUGGUUGAUGAUUGAUUAGGGUGUUUUCUGCCCCUUGCUUGUGAGUGUCUGCUGGAUCACUAUGCAGAAUCAGACUCUCUGGGAGCUACUCACACUCCAUGCAUCCUUUGCACACAGCAGUGAGCCUACAUGCAAACACACACACACACACAGCCAUGCCACACCUUGUGUAACAUUCGCACACGCAGUAAUUUGCCAAACGCCUCUGCUCGCUGACAGACCGGCGCAGAGGUCAGACAACCAGACCAUUGGUGGAGGAAUGGACCCUGGGAGGGAAGAGUUGCAAGUUUAAACAGAUCCUGUGAUUGAACUCUUCAUUCUCUUUAGCUUUUUGUACAAUAAUGAUGUAAAAGAAAAAAGAGAGAUCAACCUGAAAAAUUGAAUUUUUAUUUUCUAAGUCAAUCAAGCCGCUGGGGUCAGCUCUAUAGGAGAUAUAGAGUCAACAUGGCUUUAAGGCAUCCGAUCCUUGAUUUGCCAAACUCAUUUUGUAAAUAAUGAGAACAACAACAACCAUUUUGUCCACCGGACGUCUGCGCCAUAAAAUAGGAAGGCUUCAGUUAUGCAAACUCUUGAUGUUUGACCCAAGCAAUACCAACACACAGUGCCUUGCAGAGGUAUUCAUACACUUUUCAAAAUUUGGUCACUUUGUAACCACAAAUAUAAUGUCUUCUGUUUUAAUGAUAAAGAAAACAACACAAAGUAACACAAAGAUGUGAACCAGAAGGAAAAGCUAAGAUUCUCUCUAGUUUUGCUCCCAGUAGAAAUCUGAAAGCUCUGGUAUUUAUUAACGUUUAGCCCAUUU